AUGCAACUUAAUAAGCCUAAUAACCUUAAUUAUAACUCUCCUUCUUCCCCCUCUUCCUCUGCUGAGCUAGCCAAAUUGCAGUCCAAGUUGGAGGCUUUGAGGAAAGUGAAGGAGCUUUGUGGAUUUUAUGAGAAUCUUAAAAAUGCAUCAAAUGAUCCUAAAAAGCUCUUAGAUAAUUUAUGUGAUGGCCUCGAAACCUUCUUAGGCUUCAACUCUGCUUCCAAAGGCUACGAUGGCAGUGGGAUAGUGUAUUCGGACUUGGAUAGGCUGUGUGACGGGGUGAUGGGAUUUUUGAGUGGAGUGCUUGAUGCGGUGAAAAACACUCAGACAUACAAUGUCGGUAAAAAUACAUUAAAUUCGGUAAGUAAUGAAAUUAACAAACAUCUUUGCUCAGGGCACGAUGGUUUCACUAAGCUUCUUCCCCGUCUGACUAAAGGGAUCGGGAAGUACAACACAGAAGUGAGAGACUCCAAUGAGAAAGUUAAGAAGCCCAUUGAAGAGUUGUUAAAUCAGGUGGGUGAUGCAUUUAUGAACAAGGUACAAAAUAUAUUGCCGCAGGAAAAUGAGGGUGAAGAUCCCGAGAAAGUGCAGGCGGCGGAGAAGCAAGUGAACGAAAUGUUGGCCAAUGACAUAAAAACAUUCACUAAUAAAUUUAACGUAGCUUUUCAAUUUAAAGAUAAUAAAGUAGAUAAAGCAGAGAUGAAAACUGCAAUAAGGUAUCUAAAUCCCACGUUGCAAGUCAGGGUGAACAGCGCCUUGAAGGCAGUGCACCAUGAGAUUAAGAGGCUGGAAGAGCUGUCGAGGAAGGAGCAUAAGAAUUUGGAAGCGACAACGAAUUUGAUUAAUGCUAAACUCACAGAAAUUAAAUGCACCGUAACAGAACAAAUUAAAUUAAAAAUUAAUGAACUUGUUGAGGGUCUGAGAAAUCUCGUCAAGUUCAUGUUGUCUGCCCUUGAGAAAGUCAAGAGUGCGAUGGCCAGCUACAUUGUCAAAUUGGAGACGUGGAUAAAGGAGGCGGACGGGAGUGUAAAACAUUCCAUCAGCGAGGCUGGAGCAAUCGCACAAAAAGCUGUCGGAAAACAACACCAGCAUGAGCUCAAGGUAAAGGCGGAGGCCGAAUUGAAAGCCAUUGAGAAAACGCUUGAAAAUUACAUCACCGGUAUGGUAAGUCAAAUAAAUGAUAACGUGACUGCGGCGCUUAAGCAGGUGAUACAAACGGACGAGGCGAUUAAGAAGGAUCUGUACACCGUGAAAGGUAAGAUAAAGGAGGCGGUUAUGGCAUUAGGGGAGAAGUUGGAUAAGGAUGUGAGAGAAGGAUUGUGGAAUAUGGAACAAAAAAUCAGUGGACAUCUCACACGUAUUGUAAGUAGCGCACAGAGUUUUGAUACAGAAUUUAGAAAAACUACACAUGCUGCUGCAGCGACUAUUCAAGGGUUGUAUGAAGAUUUUAGUAAAAUCAGCAGUCUCACGGAGCUUGAUACGAUUGAGAGAGCGUACGGAGGCACAGUGCAAGCCCCUUUAUUGAAGGCCAUAGGUGGAAGACAAAAUCCGUUUCAGAAGCUUACAGAAUAUAUACGAAAGUUGAAUGAUG